AUGCCAUCAGUACAGACAAACAUAAUCAUUCAAGCACCACCAGAGCUAGUUAAACAAAAGUUCUUUGACUACCAAUCGUACCCCAGUUGGAACCCAUUUAUGGUGAGUUUCCACAAAUAUACAAACACGUCUGACCCACAAUUGAAUGAAGGUGAUGAGUUACAAAUCGACUUAAAAUUAAAGGGAAUGAACCACACCAGUACCAUAUAUCCAACAAUACUCAACAAGACAGAUCUGAGCCUAGUUUGGAAAGGUGCUUUGGUUUCUGAUUGGAUCUUUUAUGGUAUACACAAGUUCGCUAUUGAAUCAUUGGAAGGAGGAACUCGUACUUUAUUUAUUCAACUGGAACUGUUUGGUGGCUUAUUAGUGUAUAUACUACAGUUGUUUGGUGUGUUUAGAAGAACACAAGACUCGUUUAUUGAAUUUAAUGAGGCAUUGAAAGAUGAAGUUGAGAAGUUGGCACACGAAUGUUAG